AUUUAAGGCUUCACCCUUCACUUUCCCUUUCAGUCCGCCGUACACUGAUCCCCCACUUGCGAUUUCCUCUAAACAAACCACCAAAUCUUUGAUUCUCAACCGUUUUAAGUGGUUUUGCUUCUCAUUCGUUUGGAAUCUCGAGUUCUCUCUGUUUUUGCAGAUCACUUCACCAGUUUCCACAGAUGGCAAGAACUAAGCAAUCCGCCAAGCGAACGAGAGCCACGUGCAGCACGCCACCCCCGCAAGUGCAGCAACAAACGUCCGCCUCCUACCCAUGGCCCCGCGAGCAAGAGGGUGAACUGAUUGAUCUCGACAGCCCAUUGCUCCUGGACUUCAAUUGCGAGGGGUGGGAUAAGGGGACAGCAGCUCGUUACAACGCCCUCCUCCGAGUUGACAUGCUACCCACUCGUUUCUGCCACACAGAAACUUUGGCUGAUCUUGGGAUCGACGAGGAUGUAUUCGAAACGCUGCACGCCAUCGGGAUUGCUCCUCUGUGCUACACAUCGCACGAGCUCUAUCCAGACCUUGUUCGCCAGAUGCUCGCCACGGCCACGAUCACCUACGAGGAUUCCGACGCACCCUCCUACGCCAACUGCUCGUUCUCUUUCAUGGCGGAUGGAGAGUACUGUCGCUUGUCCCUCGACAAGCUCAAUGAAAUCUAUGAGAUGGCCGCUGAACCGAAGGGGGUAGCGGUGGCGAAAAAGUUCUCUCCCUCUAACGCCUUUUGGGACUGCAUUGCAAAUGGGAACUUCACAGCAGGGAAGGUCUACCAGUCGCAGAUUCGGAACCCCGCGCUUCGUGUCAUCGCGAAGAUCAUCUCGAACCUCCUGUUCGCCAAGGAUCUGACAUCGAAGGUCACCAACGGGGAGCUGCAAACCCUGUACACUGGUAUUGAGGAUGAAAUUCGCGCCUCUGGUUCCGGAAUUCCCAUUCAAAGGGUUAAGACGAAUCCCGGUUUCAACUUCAUCACCAUGAUAUGCGAGCGGCGACAGUGCCUUAUGCACGGCUCGAAGAAGAAAGACAGGAGCGGCAGCCUGCUCACACCGCUUUUCAAGCAUUUCGGCAUUGAUCUCACCAAAUACAGCGUCAACAAGGAGGUCCAGUACCUCGACAUCAGGUACCUAAUGGCGUGCCACAUCAUGCGAGAUGAAGAGACCUACAGCUUUUUCGAUAAAGCCGGUACUCAACUAUUCACCAAACUGCCUCACCCCGAGAUCACCAGGUUCAGUGUGUUUGAGAACAUACGGUUUCUUCCUCCCCCCGAGCUCCUUUGCACUGAUCCACGUGCUGCGGUCCCUGAUGAAAACAUGGAUGAUGUUGAGGACGUCACCCCUGAAGCCGACCCAUCGUACGACCUCGGAGAGCUCGCUGAUGUAACCGAUGAUCACGCUUACAGACGCUGGAUGGUGGACUCGCAGCGAAAGAACAACAGCCUCAUGCGGAGGAUACUCCACCUCAUCACUGGGGGAUGCAUUGGAGGGAGCGACCAGCGCCAGUCCACGACAGAUCGCCCACCAAGAUCUCACCGUCCCGGCAAGGAACCCAUGGGAACUGGUCCUUCUUCAGAGGAGGUUCAUCGCUCGCGCAACAGGCGAUCCCUUGACCCAGCCGAGAGCGGCGAGUCCGACUGA